AUGGCAGCCAUGCUAAAGCCGGAGGACUCUUUCAGCGAUUACUCUUCGUCCUCCAUUUACGAAACAACAACUAGGGAACCACUGCAGAAAAUAUCUACUCAAACGAUGACUGCAAGUACAGUGUCACGUAGGUCUUCAACGACUCAAAACCCAACAACGGUUACACACAGGACCACCUCAAAACCGACCACGGUUAGACAGACGACCACCUUGAACCCAACCACGGUUAGAGAGACGACCACCUUAAACCCGACAACGGUUAGAGAGACGACCACCUCAAACCCCACCACGGUCAGAGAGACGACCACCUCAAACCCCACCACGGUUAGAGAGACGACCACCUCAAAGCUGACAAAGGUUAGACAGACGACCACCUCACACCUGACAACAUUUAGACAAACGACCGCCGCGAACCCGACCAUGGUUAGAGAGACGACCGCCGCGAACCCGACUACGGUUAGAGAGACAACCACCUCAAACCCGACAACAUUUAGACAAACGACCACCUCAAAACCGACCACGGUUAGACAGACGACCACCUUGAACCCAACAACGGUUAAAGAGACGACCACCUUAAACCCGACAACGGUUAGAGAGACGACCACCUCAAACCCCACCACGGUUAGAGAGACGACCACCUCAAACCCCACCACGGUUAGAGAGACGACCACCUCAAAGCUGACAAAGGUUAGACAGACGACCACCUCACACCCGACAACAUUUAGACAAACGACCGCCGCAAACCCGACCACGGUUAGAGAGACGACCGCCGCGAACCCGACUACAGUUAGAGAGACAACCACCUCAAACCCGACAACAUUUAGACAAACGACCACCUCAAAACCGACCACGGUUAGACAGACGACCACCUUGAACCCAACCACGGUUAGAGAGACGACCACCUCAAAGCUGACAACGGUUAGACAGACAACCACCUCAAACCCGACAACGGUAAGACAGACGACCACCUCAAACCCGACUACGGUAAAAGAGACGACCACCUCAAACCCGACAACGGUAAGACAGACGACCACCUCAGACCCGACUACGGUAAGACAGACGACCACCUCAAACCCGACAACGGUUAGCCAGACCUCGAAUUCAGCCUCUACCCACACUACGACCCUGUCACCAAUCAAAGGAGCUAUAGAAGAAAUAUUAAAUGAGACUAUCACGGUAGACAAUUUAGACAUCGUGUCAGUUGAACUGGCGGACGUGACUGAGGAUUCAAACAAAUUUGAUGUGGAAGAUCUUCAGUCUGUCGCAGACAAACUAAGUUCAAUUGUUGAAUUUGCGUCAAACCAAAACCUGACGGAAGAAGCCAUCGUACAGGUGUCUGUGAGUGUGAUAGGAGCGGUGGAUAAUAUCUUGAACAUCCCAGAGAGUACUUUCGAGACAGCGAGCUCCCAGCAGGUCUCAAAGACAAAGAACAUAUUGACUACAAUCUCCACACUUACUGAAAACAUUCAAAAGGCAUCCAGCAACAACUUCACCUACAGUGGAUCAAAUAUUGUACUGGCAGCUGUCAAAGUAGACAGGAGAAAAUUUCCCCUCACGACGGCGAUAGGAGGAGCCAUGGAUGACGACAUAGACUUUUCAGCCAAUGAAGGAUCUCCGUCUAACGCGGCAGGUGUAACGUCAGUAUCUCUACCGGAAGCAAUUCUCCCUUCUGUAUCUGGUACUAACCAGGUAAUAUCCGUCAGCGUGUUUCUACUAAACUCGCCCAAGCUGUUUCAGGGUGACAGGCCGUCCUCAUCCAGUACUCCAUCGUCUGGAGACGAGCAGAAUCAGCAACCGAAGACGGUGUCGGUUGUCGCUUCUCCUAUCUUAACUGUGACCAUUGAGGGAAUUGAUAUCAAAGACCUCCCUGAUAAUGAAUCAAUUGUCUUUGUGUUUCCUGUGAAUCAGACAUUGAUUAGAGAAGAAAAUGAUGCUGAGGUGUCUCAACGUUGUGUGUAUUGGGACAUCGACUUAGGAGAAUGGUCGGACGAAGGGUGUAGAACCGAGAAAAUGGCUCUUGAAGGGAUGGUGUCUUGCCGGUGCUCUCAUCUCACGAGUUUCGCCGUUCUGCUGGAUAUCAAAGGAAGUAUCAUAUCUAAAGCUCUUGAUGUAAUCAGUCGCAUCGGUUGUAUAGCUUCGAUCGUUUGUCUCGUCAUAACCCUCUGCGUUCUGCUAGGUUUUAGGAAACUGCGCAGGAAACAGCCACAGAAGAUACUUAUUAAUCUCAGUUUCGCGCUACUAGCCCUGUACGUCACUUUCGUCAUCGGUAUUGACCGACCA